CAUCAAAAAGCAUCGAUUGAAAAGAUGCCUGCACUUGUGCCAACAGCACCUGUUUUGGCUGAACCUAUUCAAGUUGCCGCAACAUCACUUUCAGGUCUUGCAACUUCAUCAAAUUGUACUUUACAGGCAAUUCCAACACAAUCUUCCAAUUGUCAUGAUGUAUUUGCACUGGGUGAAGUAUAUCGAUUCUCAGCAAAGAAUAUUCGAAAACGUUCAAAAGUCUUGAUCGCUUAUGUAGCACCUUCCACAGGUGUGGUGGUCUUGGAUGCAAACACGCAAGCCACUGUAUCUUCAGCCUCCUUUUCGUCUUCUUUACGACCAAUCACUCCACCACUCGUACUGCAGGACAAUAAGUUCUUAGCAAGCUUUGUUGUUUUGAAAAGUCGAUCAUCUGACGAUUGGGCAGAACUGCACGCUUGGAUAGAAGAAGAUCAAGGACCAUCAACUGCUCCGAUUAUAAAAUCGUACAAUUGUCAAAUCGAUGACGAUAUCAUCUCACUUCAUCCUCUCUCGACAUCAGAGCUUUUAGCACGUCAUCAUGAUGGACACUUUUCUAUCGUCGAAUUUCAGUCAUUUAGCGAACCAAAAUUCCAUACAAAGUCGACCCAGUCUGAAAAACUGCCCUCUAAUCGUCACACGCUCUUCAUUGAUGUUUUUGAUCGUACAGAUAUCGCAUAUUUGCCCGGAGAUUCGUCCGGUAGAGCACCAGCACAAGCCUUGAUUGUACUUUUGACAACAGCAAAGGAAGGCAGUAGUGCAUCUACGAACCCAAAGCGAAAAGGCAGAAAGAGUGCGAUGGAAGUGAUCGAUGCUGCCGAAGCAGGGAAUAUGAACCAAAAGUCAGAAAGUGCAGUCAAAGUAGAAUACUUCAGUGUUGGAGUAGAAGGUUCAGCAAUCGAUUCGCGAAUAAGGAAGCUUGGGCAGACAAAGAUACAGCUAGAAAAAGAUGAAGUGAUCUCUAGUGCUUCAGUACGAUCAAGCGGUGCUCUGUCCAUGAUCUCAGAAAAUGGCCGAUUGAUCAGCGCAACACUACUUUCGUCACAAGACGGCUCACCAAGAAUCGAAGGAAUUAGCUCUUUGAAUGUUUCUGGAAUCACACCUUCUUCGAAUACAGCAAUCCUGCGGACAUCGUUAUCGACCGCUCUACUCACUUUCUCAACAGUCCCAUCUUCAGGGCGAGCACUACUCAAUACACUAUUAGUGGACACCGAAUUGGAUUGUGUAUUGGCAGAGCAAUCAUGGAAAGCCCCUGAAGACCAUGCGCAAAUAUUCAUGCAACCCUUGAAUAUGACAAAGAUCGCAUCUGCGAUCACACUUGCGAUCCCAAAAUCGUUAAAGCAAACCAAGCCAUUGAUUCACAUUUGGAACACUUCUUAUCAAACGGGAGAGGGAGGUCAUCUAAGAUGGGCAUUAGGCUCGCGUCAUCUUACACACAAAUGGAUCGUGUCGGCAGUAGGAGAUGAUCAAAUAGGAGCAUCGAACGAAGUCGAUGGAGCAAGGAGCCAUGAAGGAUUGAUUGAAGAGCUAAAAAGGAUUUCGACUUCUGCAGAUAAAGGAAGUUCAAAUGCAAAAAGCGUGGAAAAGGCGUUCGAUGAUUGGCUCAAGUCGCAUCAAAAUGAAUCUCUUCCUCAAGCUUUUGUAUCUGAGCUUUUGACUAUUGCGCUACCGUUGUCCGAUGUCGCAAACGAUUCCGAGACAAGUUCUGCCAAGCCUUACCCGAAAACAAUCGUGCAUCACUUACUCGAUCAGAAUCUCGUUCAUGGUGUUAGCCUUGAGCCUCGUACUCUGGUAACUGCUUUGAGCUUGGUGGGCGAUUGGGAUGCAGUGUAUAAAGCAUUGCAAAGCGUCAAGGAUUUAAGCGAAGACGAUGUAGUAAGGACGAUUCGACGGGCUGUUCAUGAAGAAAGUGCACCAACAACGAGGCUGCCAACGAUUCUCACUGCGAUUACAAGAAAUCAAUUCUCAUCCGCUGAAUUACGCAAAAGUAUGAAAGAUCGAUUGGACGAAAAAUGUGUUGAGGCAAUUCUGAGCAUUUUGAACAAUUGGCUCGCUCCAGCAGAUGGAGAUGCAUUGUUGAAAGAUCAGCAAGCAGAAGCCGAACCAGACAAGCCGAGCUUACUGCAAGCACUGACAUUUUCAACGGAAGUUUUGGACACGUUCUUCCCUUUGAUGCUCGUUACACCUUCAUUGCAAGCAGACGUACAGCAAUUGUCUACGCAUGUUGAAACACAUCUCUCAAAAACAAAUGUGUUGAACCUUUUGCGUGGACCAUUGGCAGCAUUUGCCAAAUUGAACGAUGAUCGCGUACGUGAAGCAGAACAUCAAGCUGCUCAAUUGACAGCCGAACUUGCUGCACUUCAAGGAUUGGAAGAAGUGGAUGAUAUUGAAGCAUUGAAACGUUCUGAAAAAUUCGCAAAUGGUCUUUACAGAACAAAGGGACCAGAUUCAUCUCGUGGAAAACAAGGCAAAUCCAGUUCACAAGCCAGUAUCGCUCAACAAAUUGGUGCUGGAUCUUUAUCCAAAUCUGGACAACGUCAACUUACACGCAAACAACAAACAUACGCAAACAAUUUGGCCGUUGGACAAUAUGCAUUGGAAGAAUUUAAUCCUUAAUUUUGAAACAUAUGUACUAUCAUCAAUAGGGAGAAAAUAGAUGACAAUUAUCAAGAAAUAUCAGACA